GAAAAUGAGCAUCACGGAUGUGCUUAGUGCUGACGACAUCGCGGCAGCCCUGCAGGAAUGCCAAGACCCAGACACUUUUGAACCACAAAAGUUCUUCCAGACAUCAGGCCUCUCCAAGAUGUCUGCCACCCAAGUGAAGGAUGUCUUCCGGUUCAUAGACAAUGACCAGAGUGGGUACUUGGAUGAAGAUGAGCUCAAGUUUUUCCUCCAGAAGUUCCAGAGUGAUGCUAGGGAGCUGACUGAGUCAGAGACCAAGUCCUUGAUGGCUGCAGCAGACAACGAUGGAGACGGGAAGAUUGGGGCAGAUGAAUUCCAGGAAAUGGUGCAUUCUUAAAUACUAUGUCUAUGGAAGAAAGAGUGGAAGGAGCAUUCUGCCAGAAGGUCUCCAAAGCCCUGGGACCAGGAAGCCCCCCAACCUAUCCCGAACUAAUUUCCUGAGUUCCCCUGAAGGACUUCUGCAAUGUGCUCCUUAUUUGAAGGAAUGCAGUGGUCUGUGGCUCUUCAUUCUUUGGUGGUGAUGGGUAGGUUCUGAUGAGUUCUAUAAGUUCCCCAUGGCAGGCAAUGCCUUUUAA